AUGGUGGCCCAGGUGCUGCUGGGAGAGCAGACCCAAAGCACCGAGGCAGAAGCGGUGGUCAGGGCCAGCCCAUCCCAGCGACCGGCCUGCUGCGGAGAAGGGGGCAGCCCCUUCCUCCUUGUGGCUUUCACAUCAUCCCCGGGGGCGGAGGGGGGAGGGGUGGGGGUGGGGGGUGGGUCGGGCCCUUCCCACCUGCUCACUGUAUCCCCGGUGUUGGGGGAGGCCGGCGGGAGGGAGCAGGCUGAGGAAUUGGCCCGGUCCGCUCCCCAGAUUGCUGAUCUGACCCAGAAAAUCUUUGACCUGCGGGGCAAGUUUAAGCGUCCUGCCCUGCGCAGGGUCCGGAUCUCCGCCGACGCCAUGAUGCAGGCCUUGCUGGGGGCCCGCGCCAAGGAGUCCCUGGACCUCAGGGCUCACCUGAAGCAAGUGAAGAAGGACGACACCGAGAAGGAAAACCGCGAGGUGGGAGACUGGAGGAAGAACAUCGACGCCCUGAGCGGCAUGGAAGGGCGCAAGAAGAAGUUCGAGGGCUGACGGCCACGGGA